AUGAACUCCGAACCAGUCAACGCCAUCGAGCGCGCGCGUGACAACCUUGCUGAUUUACGCCAACACCGCUCGGUCGCUGAGUACAUCAAUCGCUUCCGCGAGCUCGUGCUUGAGAUUCCUGACAUCCCUGCUGCUGAACAGAUGGACAAGUUCAAGCGUGGGCUGAAGCCGAAAUUUCGCACCGAGGUUGAACUCCGUGGCGCUGCGACGUUGGAUGAGAUGAUUCGUGUCGCCGAGCGUUUUGACACCAUCAACUUUGCAGCGUACCAGCGAUUCCAAGGACGAACCGGGCAGCACACCACAGCUGGACCUACCAACCGCACCAACGGUCCUACUCCCAUGGAGCUCGGUGUGGUGGACCAGCGCACACGCAACCAAUCCACGCUCACGUGCUACUCGUGCGGGAAAGUCGGCCACAUCAAGCGACACUGCCCGAACCGCCGCAACUUCGAAAGGUCUCCGGGAAACGGACAGCGCCAGUAG